AUUCUCACGUGUAGAAUGUUGAUCUGAAAAACAAUUUUUAAUAAAAAUUAAAGAAAUUAACCAUGGGAAAGAUUUAUUUCGAUGACGAUGGAAGCACAAAAAAGGCUGAGGAGCAGAAAAAAGCCCCGGAAAAGGUCUUCAAGCCUUACAAACACAAGAAAAACGGGAAUGCCUUUCAAACAUUCGAUGCUGAUGUGAAAAAUUUGGACAAACGUUGGUUCGAACAUUAUGAAAAAUUCAACACUCUCGUAGAUUUCAAAGAACUAAAAGACGCCGAACAGCAAGAAAUCCUCAAAAAAUGUGAAAAAUCCUUCCAACACGAGUCCGAGGCGGCAAAGAAAAACAACCCAAGUGACAGUAAAUGGUUGGAAACGGCUUUACAUCAAGGAACAGCCCGGGAUAAAGCAAAUUCUGGAGCUCUGCUUGUCCAAACGAACCCUCUUUCGAAUUUACCCGCCCUGGAAACGCUCAUCGGACAAACGAAACACACCAACAAAGCAUCGCCUGAUGUCGUGGAAGUGCUAUCGCAGCUUUUUAUGAAUUCCCUCAUCCCCAAAGAUCGAAAACUGAUGUCUUUGAUGCAGCGCGGCAACGAUUGGAAAAAAGUUAAGAACGAAACGACCUUGAGUGAGGAGGAAAAAAGUAAAAUUUACGCUUUUUGGUACUUUGAAGAGAAAAUUCGCGAGAAUUACAUGACUUUCAUACAAAAUUUGAAGGAAACCCUAAGCAAAGGGAAUGAAAAAGCAAAAUCUGUUGCAAUUCGCGUUGCUUCCAAGCUUUUAGCGCAUGGUCCGGAGAAGGAAGCGCUUUUACUGAACAUCCUGGUGAACAAAUUGGGAGAUCCGCAGCCAAAAAUCGCCUCAACCGCUAGUUAUCGCUUGAUGGAAGUCAUGCGGGCGCAUCCAAAUAUGGUCGAAGUCAUGGUAAUUGAAGCGGAAAAGGUCCUUUUUCGUGAUAACAUCUCCGAUAAUGCGCGACAUUUCACUCUGAGCUUCUUGACGUGCCUCGCGCGGUAUGCAACGGAAAGCGCUGCUAAUCGUUUGAUGAAAAUUUGCUUCUCCAUGUUCAAAAUUAUGACGGAAAAGGGCGAAAUUAACCGAAAAAUGAUGAAACUCAUCUUGUUGUGCAUUCGAACCUCCAUGGAAACGCUGGGAUCGAAGGUUUCGGUGCCGGACGAGACAAUCGCGACCAUGUAUCGCCUCAUUCAUUUGGCGGAAAUUGAAACUUCUCUUCAAACGUUGAGUGUUUUGCUGGAAGUAACUCUUCAUCAACGAAUGUCGGACCAGGAUCGCUUCUAUUCGGCACUUUACAAGAAAAUUAACGACCCAGCACUGAUUUUGGCGGGAAAUAAAGUCGCAAAUUUAUUUUUCCACUUGUUCCAUCGCGCGGUUCAGAAUGAUCGGGACGUGCCACGAGCUCAAGCGUUCCUGAAAAGACUUUUACAAGCAGCUUUGGCUUAUCCGCCGUCGAAAAUCAUCGGAGUUUUGGUUGUUGUGAAUAAAAUCCUGAAAGCAAGGGCUCCAUUAUUGAUCGAUGGACAAUCGCCAGAGCUUCCAGCAGAGGUAGAAAAGAAUUUAGAAGAGCAAUUAGCGAAAUUCAACGAAGAUGACGACGAAGAAGAAGUUUAUCACGAUGUCGCGUUAGAAGAUGAACCGAAAAAACCCGAAAAAGUCACAAAAAAUAGCAAAAAAGAGGCCAAAGGAUGGGUUCAUACAGAAAAAAACGAGAAAAACACUGAAAAUGCUGAAAUAAAAACGGAAGACGAACGCAAACCGACGAAAUAUGAUCCGCACAAACGUGAUCCCAAGUAUAGUGGGGCUCAAUUUACCCGAAAAUAUGAGUUGAUUCAACUUUUGAAGCAUUUCCAUCCUUCGGUGCAAAAAAUUACGGAACAAACUAUCAAUCACAAAAAUCUCACCUAUUAUGGCGAUCCAUUGCGAGAUUUUUCAGUUUCAACGUUUUUGGAUAGAUUUUCUUUCAAAAAUCCCAAAGCUGAGGCAGCCAAAAGUCACAAGAAAAGUCUCAUCUAUAAAAAUAAAUAUCAACCUCAGGGUUCGAGGGGCAUUUCUGUGCAUCUUUUGACCAAACAAAAUUGUACCGAAGAGGAAAGGUUCAUUUUUGAGUUCCUUGAGAAAAAACGCGACAAAAAGAAUAAAAUCGACGAAAAACUCAAAGAAAAGGAAGAAAAUGGAGAUGAUGCCGCUUCAGUUGCUUCCUCAGUGGAAUCCGUGGACGACGACGAGUUCAACGAAUAUUUGGAUAACUUGGGGGCAGCUGGCGCCAUGGAAAGUGACGACGAAAAUAUCGACUACAUGGAGGAAUUGGGCCAAAAAUUGUCGAAAAAAGACAAAAAAUCGAAGAAAGAAAAGAAAAAUGAGGAAGAUGAUAGCGAGGACGACGACAAAUGGGACUCGGAUGGCGAAGAAGGCGGUUCCGACGAAGAACUCGACGACGAAAUGGAAAUGGGAAGUGAUGCUGGGUCCGUUUCUUUCGACGAAAAUGAACUCGAUGACGACGAGGAUGAUGAUGCUUCGGUCAUGACCUUCUCCGGAGACGAGGAUGACGACGACGACGACGAAAAUUCCGACAGUGACGGCUCAUUCGGCGGUAAAAAACGCGGGCGGAAGCAAAUGUCGGACAAAGCUUUCGCGAAAAAGCUCAAAUCUGCUAAUUCUGAGUCACUUUUCGCUGCUGCGGAUGAUUUUUCGGAAAUGUUGGAGCAAUCAAGCAAGACAAAUGGCAAAGAUCACGGCACAUUAGGGGAAAUUUUCAACAAAGACAAGUCAUCGUUGAAGCAACUCGCAUGGGAAGCCUCGAAAAUGAACGAUUUUCAUGGAAAAGGCAAAAAAGGUGGUGCUAAAAAUUAUAUGGCAAAUAAAAAAGGCGGCAAAAAAUUCGCAACGAACUUUAAAGCAACAGGAAAAGUUGGCAAAGGCAAAAAAUUCGAUGGAAAAAAAUUCGUGACGCAAAAACCUGUCAACCGGAAGUUCCAAAAACGGAAAUAAAAUCGUAGAUUAGUGAAAUCUAACAAAUUAUAAUAAAAAACAAUUGUAAAAAUUAA